CUUCCUCCUGCCUGAAGAUGUUCUACCAAAUAUGGGCAACUCUACUCUACCUCUAUGGUAUUCUCCUUAACUCCAUCUACCAGUGCCCUGAGUUCAGUCAACUGACAACUCAGGAAGUGGAUGGGAAAGAGUUCCCAGAGCCACACCUCGGCCAGUGGUACUUUAUCGCAGGGGCAGCUCCCACCAAGGAGGAAUUGGCAACUUUUGACACUGUGGACAACAUUGUUUUCAACAUGGCUACAGGCUCUGCUCCCACACAGCUCCAGCUUCGUGCUACCAUCCGCACGAAAAAUGGGCUUUGUGUGCCCCGGAAAUGGGUCUACCACCUGACUGAGGGGAGCACAGAUCUCAGAACUGAAGGGCGCCCAGACAUGAAGACCAAGCUCUUCUCCAGCUCAUGCCCAGGUGGAAUCAUGCUGAAAGAGUCUGGCCAAGGUUAUCAGCGCUUCCUACUCUACAAUCGCUCACCACACCCUCCCGAGAAGUGUGUGGAGGAAUUCCAGUCCCUGACCUCCUGUCUGGACUCCAAGGCCUUCUUACUGACUCCCAGGAAUCAAGAGGCCUGCGAGCUGUCCAGUAACUGACCUGUGGCUUCAUCUGUGCCCCAGAUGGAUAUGGUGGGAGCUGCAGUUGUGCUGCAGGGAGGAGAAGCUGGAGACUCCCAACUUCCUUCCGAGAGUAAUAAAGAUGGUUUUUCAAUUCCCA